CCCGCCUCUUCGCCAAGAAAGCUCCGCCUCGCGGCGCCGUUGCUCGCGCUGGAAGAAGCGGAAGAAGAUGGCGCUCACCAGCUUUUUACCUGCCCCAACCCAGCUGUCUCAGGACCAGCUUGAGGCUGAAGAAAAGGCAAGAUCCCAGAGAUCUCGGCAGACCUCCCUAGUCUCCUCCAGAAGGGAACCUCCCCCGUACGGCUACCGGAAAGGCUGGAUACCUCGCUUAUUAGAGGAUUUUGGAGAUGGAGGUGCUUUUCCAGAGAUCCAUGUGGCCCAGUAUCCCCUGGAGAUGGGACGAAAGAAAAAAAUGUCCAAUGCACUGGCCAUUCAGGUGGAUGCUGAAGGGAAGAUCAAGUAUGAUGCAAUUGCUCGACAAGGGCAAUCAAAAGACAAGGUCAUUUAUAGCAAGUACACUGACCUGGUUCCCAAGGAAGUUAUGAAUGCGGAUGACCCAGACUUGCAAAGACCCGAUGAAGAAGCCAUUAAAGAGAUAACAGAAAAGACAAGAGUAGCCUUAGAAAAAUCGGUGUCACAGAAGGUUGCUGCAGCCAUGCCUGUCCGCGCAGCUGAUAAACUGGCUCCUGCCCAGUAUAUCCGGUACACACCAUCUCAACAAGGAGUGGCCUUCAACUCUGGAGCUAAACAGAGAGUUAUUCGGAUGGUGGAAAUGCAGAAAGAUCCGAUGGAACCUCCAAGGUUCAAGAUUAAUAAGAAAAUUCCUCGGGGACCACCUUCUCCCCCUGCGCCGGUCAUGCAUUCUCCUAGCCGAAAGAUGACCGUAAAGGAACAGCAAGAGUGGAAGAUUCCUCCUUGUAUUUCAAACUGGAAGAAUGCAAAGGGUUACACAAUUCCACUGGACAAGCGUCUGGCUGCUGAUGGAAGAGGACUACAGACAGUUCACAUCAAUGAGAAUUUUGCCAAGCUGGCUGAGGCCCUCUACAUUGCUGAUCGAAAGGCUCGGGAGGCUGUGGAAAUGCGUGCCCAAGUAGAGAGAAAGAUGGCUCAGAAAGAAAAGGAGAAGCACGAAGAGAAACUUCGAGAGAUGGCCCAGAAAGCCAGGGAGAGGAGAGCAGGGAUCAAAACCCAUGUAGAAAAAGAGGACGGGGAGGCUCGGGAGAGGGACGAAAUCCGGCACGACAGGCGCAAGGAGAGGCAGCACGACCGGAACCUUUCCCGGGCAGCUCCUGACAAGAGGUCCAAGCUGCAGAGAAAUGAGAAUCGUGAUAUCAGCGAAGUCAUUGCUCUUGGUGUGCCCAAUCCUCGCACCUCCAAUGACGUUCAGUACGACCAAAGGCUCUUCAACCAAUCCAAGGGUAUGGACAGUGGUUUUGCAGGUGGAGAAGAUGAAAUUUAUAAUGUGUAUGAUCAAGCUUGGAGAGGCGGGAAAGACAUGGCCCAGAGUAUUUACAGGCCCAGUAAAAACCUGGACAAGGACAUGUAUGGCGAUGACCUGGAAGCCAGAAUCAAGACCAACAGGUUUGUUCCUGAUAAGGAAUUUUCUGGCUCAGACCGAAGACAGCGAGGCCGAGAAGGGCCGGUGCAGUUUGAGGAGGAUCCUUUUGGUUUGGACAAGUUCUUGGAAGAAGCCAAACAGCACGGUGGCUCCAAAAGGCCCUCGGACAGCAGCCGCCCCAAGGAGCACGAGCACGAGGGCAAGAAGCGGCGGAAGGAGUAGCCGGCCGCCCCGACGGACGAACUGUGACCCCAGCCCUAGUGACGCAGGUCGUGAGGGGAUGCUUUGUCUAGAGCCAGGGUGGAAAAACCAAAUCGACCCCAGCACUACUUUUUAUUACGGAAGAAAGGGGGGUGCGAAGGCUUACUGGGAACUAGGUAGAUUUUGUGAAGAGUGGGUUGUGUUUGUGCUUCUCCCACCUCAGCCUUUAUAGAGCGUGCUGCCCAGCACCGGAAUGAAGGCCACUUCCUUUUGUCUCACCGGUAGUGUGGGGUCAGUAUGUUGUGGAAGGACUGCUUAUAACUAAAGUGACCCAGCCUCACCCCAGUGCACAGGAGAGUGUUCACAACCUAUUGAGCUGCUGUGCCUAAAGGGCGUUUGCCCCUACAGUCCUAUUUCUAUGUGGAGGGGGGGAGGGAAAGCGAGUUACUGCUUGGUGCAACUCUUCAUUUCAAAUAAAAACAUUUAAAGAAA